AUGUCUUCAAUACUUUCAGAUUAUACUCACCCUCUCUUAAUAAUUGGCUUGUAUACUGCUGUUGGUGGAACUGGUCAAAAACCCACUUCCGCUACUGCCUAUGCUCAUCAUACUUCCAUUAAUAACCCGUUCUCCCUUCUCUUUAAACGCAUGAGAAUUCAACACUUCGGCAAAUCACCGCCAUAA